AAUCCCCAUGACUCUUKGCUCCUCCUCACUGAACUUAUCGAGAUCCCAACUCGAAUUUAGACACCAAAUUGCUURAUUUUUCAUCUUACACAAACACGUUCUUACAUUUCUUUCUGAAUUCUGAGUUGAAAUGGGUGGYUUUGCUUGGUCGACUUCAGCCUUUGAUACCAAGUCAGGGCGGAUCAUACUGUUGGCUCUUCUAGUAAUGGUUGCUACUUUCUACAUCGGCACAUUUUUUGGCCGGAAUCCUUCGUUUUAUGURGAUCAAUUUGCCUUAAAUGCUUCAUCAUCGAAAUCAUCAGGCAAUCCUGCAUUUGGUAAUAGAGUUACUCUUACUCAUCGACAGUCGCCAAUUAUGAUCCCAGAAACUGGGAUGAACAUAUGCCCUAUAGAAUUCAAUGAGUAUAUUCCUUGCCAUGAUCCUUUGUAUAUCAAUGAAUUGCUUCCAAAUUUAGAUCACUCCAAACGUGAAGAUUUGGAAAGGCAUUGUCCCCCAUUAGAAAGACGCUUAUUUUGCUUGAUACCUCCACCGAACGAUUACAAGAUACCUGUGAGAUGGCCAACUAGUCGAGACUAUGUGUGGAGGAGCAAUGUGAAYCAUACACAUCUUUCUGAAGUAAAAGGCGGGCAGAAUUGGGUGCAUGAGAAGGAUCAACUAUGGUGGUUUCCAGGGGGUGGUACCCAUUUUAAACAUGGAGCUACUGAAUACAUUGAGAGAUUAGGGAAUAUGACUACCAACGAGACAGGUGAUCUUCGUUCAGCUGGRGUUUAUCAGGUUCUUGAUGUUGGUUGUGGGGUUGCCAGUUUCUCUGCAUAUCUUCUUCCCUUAAACAUACAGACCAUGUCAUUUGCUCCAAAAGACGGCCAUGAAAAUCAAAUUCAAUUUGCUUUGGAGCGUGGGAUUGGUGCUAUGAUAUCUGCUUUAGCUACAAAACAGCUACCAUACCCCAGUCACUCUUUUGAAAUGGUUCAUUGCUCACGUUGUCGUAUUGAUUGGCACGAGAACGAUGGCAUUCUUCUAAAAGAAGUGAAUCGACUUCUUCGUCCAAAUGGGUAUUUUGUAUAUUCAGCUCCUCCAGCUUAUAGAAAGGACAAAGAUUAUCCCAUGAUCUGGGAGAAGUUGGUGAACAUAACUUCUGGAAUGUGCUGGAAGCUUAUUGCUCGGAAAAUUCAAACAGCAAUAUGGAUAAAGGACGCUAGUCAGUCUUGUCUUCAACGCAAUGCAGAGCAGAAGCUUGUAAAAAUAUGCAAUUCAGUGGAUGUAAAUAAGCCCUCAUGGAAAACACCAUUAAGAAACUGUGUUACACCAAGUUCCACAGGUCCCGAGUCUCAGAAGCUCCCUCCUAGGCCUCAACGUCUUUCGGUAUAUUCAGAAAGUCUCAAUGAUAUAGGUAUCACUCAAGAAAUGUUUCUUUCAGAUACGCUCUACUGGCAAGAUCAAGUUCGUCAUUAUUGGAGGUUGAUGAAUACGGAUGAGACAUCCAUUCGAAAUGUUAUGGACAUGAAUGCYCUUUAUGGUGGAUUUGCGGUUGCCUUUAGUACUUGGUCAGUUUGGGUAAUGAACGUAGUCCCUGCAACAAUGGAGGACACCCUGUCUGCUGUUUAUGACCGAGGCCUGAUUGGCKCUUUCCAUGAUUGGUGCGAGCCUUUCUCAUCAUAUCCACGCACAUAUGAUUUGUUGCACGCAAAUUAUCUCUUCUCCCACUACGAAAACCACGUUGAAGGUUGCUUAUUGGAAGAUAUCAUGCUAGAGAUGGAUCGUCUUGUACGACCUCAGGGGUUUAUGAUUAUUAGAGACAAUGAAUUGAUCAUAUCAAGAAUAAGGGAUCUUGCACCAAAGUUUCUUUGGGAGGUGACUUCACAUGUACUGGAGAAUCGAGAAAGGGUAUCAGAAACGGUUUUAAUUUGCCAAAAGAAGUUCUGGGCAAUCGUCUAACGGCGAUGUAGCCAUCAAUUACAAGUUCAAAUUCUUUAACUCGACGGUUAAUUUGUAUAAUGAGGCUGCAUACUCGCUCUGUACUAUUAGUUUGAUGAACUCUGUAGAUUAGUCUCUGUAUACCCUAAACCCCAUCCAUUGUUUUGUUCAUCGUAAAUACUAAAUUUGUUCUCAGAAACCACGGAGUUUAUGUUCAGUUUAAGGGGGCAUUUGGCUCA